AUGUCACUCUUAGCUAAAAUCGAUGCUCAAAUCAAUUAUAUUUUAUCACUUAUGAAUCAAAUGCCAAAAUCUUCUAAGAAAAUAUCGUCAAAAAUCGAAACAUCUUCAUCUGUUUUCAUUCUUUCUGAGAAUAAAAAUGCACAUCUAAUAUCAUCAUCAAAAACUAAUAAUCAGAAACAAAAUCUAUCAAAUAAUUCUCCUUUAAUAUUAGAAGAUAAUCAAAUUGAUUUGAUAACAUCUGAAAAUGAUUUACCAUUAUCAAAAGGAAAUGAUGUUGAUUUUGAUCGUCUGCGUUCAUAUUAUAUAUUGACUAUGACGGACUUAGUCGGUCGUUAUUUGAUUCAUAAAACAUUUGCUGAAUUUCGACAAUUUUUAGUUGAAAAAGUGCAAUGUAGUCAAUCAUCUACUGAUGAAGUUACUCAAUUGAUGGAUACAUGA